GUCAAGAGCUGCGCCUUCAGCCGCGACGGCGCGCGGCUGCUCACGGGCGGCUGGGACAACUGCGCGCGGCUCUGGGACGCGGCGUCCGGCGCGCUCGAGCGCACGUUCGAGGGCCACGGCGGCGCGGUCUACGGCUGCGCGUUCGCGGACGGCGGCGACGGCCGCCUCGUCACGGGGUCGCGGGACCGCACGGCGCGCGUCUGGGACUCGGCCUCGGGCGCCGUGCUCGCGACGCACGGCGGCCACGGCGAGAGCGUCACCUGCUGCGCGCUCAGCGACGCGCGCGGCGCGUCGGGCUCCUGGGACCGGGGCGUCCGCGUCUGGAGCGCGGCCACGGGCGAGCUCCACGUCGUCCUCGAGGGCCACGGCGGCGGCAUCUACAGCGUCGCGUUCAGCCCCGACGGCUCGCGCCUCGUCUCCGGCUCGGAGGACGCGACGGCGCGGUGCUACGACGUCUGGACGGGCGCGCCCCUCUUCGUCCUGGCCCACGACCGGACCGUGCGGUGCUGCGCGUUCAGCGACGACGGCGCGUGGAUCGUGUCCGCGUCCUACGACGCGACGGCGCGCAUCUACAACGGCGCCACGGGCGAGGAGGAGACGAAGCUCCGGGGUCACGCGGAGAAGGUGCUGUGCUGCACGUUCUCCCGCGACGGCGAGACGGUCUUCACGGGCUCCCGCGACGGCACGGUGCGCACGUGGGACGUC